AUGGAGGCGAACGGCGCCGGCGGGGGCGUCGGGCGGGCGCUCGCCCGCAGAGGGUGCGGCGAGGCGAGGCCGGUGGCCAGGGCGGCCGCGGUGGCCGACGGCGCUGCGGCGAUAGGGCGGCAGGGAGGCGGGGGGAGCAGCACCAGAGGCGCGGGGGCGCGGCCGAGCGGCGUGCGCGGGCGGAGCAGUGCGGGGCGGGCAGAGGGGAAAGGAGGAGUGGGAGGCGCUCGCGCGAAGACGAGCGCGGCGGCGGGGCUCACAAUGCCGGGCCCUAAUGGGUCGAGCGUGCAACGGGGCGGGGGAACCCGAGCGGGAAAAGGGCGAAGCGGGCGGGGCGCCCGAACGGGGCUCUGGCCGUGGCGGGGCGCUGGCCCCGGCCGCGUGCUGGCUGGCCGGCGGCCAUGGCAGGGUGGCCGCAGCCGGCCCGAGUGGGGGCAGCGAGGUGAGGGGCGGGGCCAGAAGCGGCGCAGGGCGAGUGCCGCGGCGGAGCGGGAUGGCAAGUACGGCGGCGGCCUCGGCACGCAGUGCGUGGCCACGGGGAGCAGGGGGUAG